AGAGCUGUUUUGACUCAAGGUUUCUAGGCACAGAUUUGCCCGGUUGGAGCCAUGAGCUACGGUGACAAGGCUUCGGCCCUGAAGAAGGACACCCGCACCGAGGCAGAGCUGUUGGCCAGCACGGUGAAGUCCUUGGCGGAAGCGGACGACACCACGGAUCGGGUCCUGACCACGCUGCAUGGACAGACGGAGCAGCUGCACAGGAUCAAGGCUGAUGCUGAUGCCAUCCACCACAAUCUGGAUCAAUCAGAGUGGUUGCUUCGGAGUUUGAAGCCCUGGGGAUGGGUCAGGAACAUCUUCCGCAAAGAUCCCGUCAGCUCCGCUUCAGCUUCAGCUUCCUCCGCUUCAGCUUCCUCAGCUCCGGCAGCUUUGGCUUCCGACGGCAAGGACAGCAAGGCACCCGCGCAGCCGGCGCCGCCGGCGCCGGCGCCUGGAGGAUAUCCCGAGGGCAGCCGCGGUGCUGCGCGGCUCUUGGCCGAUGACGCUGCACGGCGGGCGGCCAGAAACUCGACGGCAGCGGCAGCAGCUCAAUCGCAGCAACAGCAACGGCCAGAUUUGAGGGAUCCAAAUGAAAAGGCCUAUGAACAGAUUGACAAUAUGCUGGAAGGUCUUUUGGUGAAAAGUCAGCAGAUCAAUCGUACCUUGGGCCAUCACAAUGAGCUCCUCCCUGAGAUUGCGGACAGUGUUGAUCGGGACCAGGCACGUAUCACGAAGCAGAAGGCAGAGAUCAAGAAGAGGAUUGGUUGACCUAGGCAGUUCUUACGCACCUGUGCCGUAUUUUGUGUUGUUAGGCAUCUCCAAAGUGCGACGUUUUGCCGAGCUCAGCUUAGGUUCUCGAAGUUUAUGUUUUUUU